CGGCGGAGAGAGCGAGGGCGGCGGGAGGAGGAGGAACAGGAGCAGGGAAAAGAAGAAGAGCAGAGGAAGAUGAGGCGCACGGUGCCCCGCAGCACUUUGCGGAAAAUAAUAAAGAAAUACAAGCCGCAGUUACGCCUGGCGGCGAACGCGGACCUGCUGGUGCAUUUGAACUUCUUACUGUUUCUCCAUCGGCUAGCAGAAGAAGCCAGGACAAAUGCUUUUGAGAACAAAAGUAAAAUAAUUAAACCCGAGCACACCAUAUCUGCCGCAAAGGUUGUUUUAAAGAAAAGCAGAGGCUAGAAAACAGACCACUGGAAUUUUAAAGCAUGUUUUUCCAUCUUGUCUUACUAACUUGAGACACUGUGAGCCAGCUUUAGCACUUGUGGAAGUAUGCAGUUUUAUUGACGUCUAUCUCCUGACUCUGAGUAUCUUGCUCUUUCUUUAAAAAAAAAUAAAAAAAUCUUACAAUGUCAAUUUUCAUACACUUCACGCAUAAUUUUAAAGUGAAUGUCACUUGUCAUUUAA